AUGAACACUCUGGCACAAAGUAUCAGUCCGAUACAAUCGUCUCUGGGGCGCUUGCAGGACCUCGACUCCGCCGGCCCGUCCAUCAAGCAAUGCACGACCUCGGCAUCCGCCCCCUCCUCGUCCUCCUCCUCCUCCUCUUCCUCCACGACCACGGCGGCCGCACUGAUUCUCUCUGUCAGCGGGGGUGACAUCCGUACAAACGGCACGACCCUCGUCGUCGGCGCGACCACCGUCGAGGCGACGCAGCACCCGAACGACUUCCUGUCGACAUCCCUGUCAUCGCCGGCCGCAUCCUCGGUGGCCGCCAAUUAUCUCCUCCACCAGCACCACCUCCAACAGCACCAUCACGAACAGCAGCAGCAGCAUCAGCAUCAGCAUCAGCAGCACCAGCAUCAGCAGCACCAACACCAGCAGCUCGCCCAGGACACCCGGCCGUCCGCAGGGAACGAAGGGCCCAACGAAGGAUCGACCCCCGGGGGUGCCUCGGCUAGUGGCGACGGCUCCAGUGGGUCCUCCUCGAACGGAAAGCAACACCAACGCAGCAGCAACAACACUGGCAACACAGCGGCGAUCGUUUCGUCCUCACCCGAACCGACCUCCAUCGUGGCGCCCAUCGCCAACACGUCCCUGGCCCACGUCAACCCUUUCCACGGUGGAAACAGCGCGGCCACGGCCCUCACGAACGACUUUUACCCGGAGUAUCGGAUCAGCUCGGAGUAUCGGCUCAACUCGCACCACCACCAUCACCACCAUCAUCACCACCCCCACCACCACCACCACCAUCAUCCGCACCAUCACGGACCGCAUCAUCCCCGGGACCUUUGGACGGCGGCGGCGGCGGUCGCUUCGCACGACGGUAUCCUGGACGAAGGCUGCGAUAGCUACAGCCUGCGCCAUGGCCACGGUACGAAAAACAUACGCAACGAACGUUCAGCGUUUUUCGAUUUCGCGACAGCCCCGACCACCGCACAUCCGGCCGCCGCUGCCGCCGCCUACUGCUACCGGCUUUCCACGCCUCCCCAGCUGGUGAAGCGCGAGCCGAGCGACGUAUCGACAGCCGCCUGGCAUUCCUACUCGGAGCGCAUGUUCUCCGAUCCACUGUACACCUCGCUCAAGCUGCAAACCCAGCAAUCGUCCCCGCCGCAGCUGGUUCCACAGCAUUCCAGCAUAUUCCCCGACUCGACGUCUCACCUGGCGUCUGCCGCGGCGGCAGUGGCAGCGGCUUCCCUCGAGCAUCAACAUUCUCUUCUUGUCGCAGGCCACGGAGGACAAAGCCAGCAACCGUCGAACAGCGAUGGUUCGCAGGCGACCGAAACAUCGUUCCUCCAUCAGAGCACCGCCGGUUACUCCUACCGCCAGACGGCGGACAUUGUGACCUCCAGUGAAUCCGAUUACUGUACGGCCGUAAAUGGAUCAUCCGGUGCGAUCGCCAACAUUGCUACGACGACAAACCCUUCCCCACUGAGUACCCUUCAGAGUGGAGGCAACGGUGGUCCGCUUCAUCAGCGUAGGGGAUCCCUUCAACUGUGGCAGUUCCUGGUGGCCCUGCUGGACGAACCUACGUCCAGUGCAGGCUGCAUUGCCUGGACGGGGCGAGGUAUGGAGUUCAAGCUGGUUGAACCGGAAGAAGUCGCUCGCCGCUGGGGCAUCCAGAAGAACCGACCGGCCAUGAACUACGAUAAGCUUUCCCGGAGCCUUCGGUAUUACUACGAAAAAGGCAUCAUGCAGAAGGUUGCUGGCGAGCGGUACGUAUACAAGUUCGUGUGCGAUCCGGAGGCUCUUUUCAAUAUGGCAUACGGUACGACCGGCAAUCAGAGCAACCAGUCGUGUACCGGCGGAACAGGUAUGGAAGGCGCAUUGCCCCACGGUAGCCAUCACGGACCUGGUGGAACAUCGUCUUCCUCCCCAAACUGCCACAAUCCGUCCACGAUUGGUGGUCAACUCGUUGGAGGUGAUGGCACGGACGAUGUCGAGCGAAACCAUUACUUUAACGGAAGCUCCUCAUCGUACAACCACGGAACCUGA